AUGGCGGAUGAGAAAGUCACGGACUCGGCUUCUGGCCAGACGAGCGACGUCCCGGACACCGACGCGAGCAAGAAUGGCAGCCCUUCCUCCAGCGGUGACAAAGGUAAAGGCAAAGCGGUCGAUGCAGGAAAAGCACCCUCGAAGUCUCGUCCGACGAUAGAGCUCAGUACGAAGGCAGCACAGGCGCUGAUGGAGUCUAAUCCCGCGUUAAAGGGUGAAUUCGCGGGUCUGGAUGAAGAGAAGGCAGCAGAGAUGAUGCGGAAAAUGGACAUUUCAGAGCUGUUGGCUGGGCUUGCGGUUAACCCGAAAAACCAAAAGGAUAUGGCUUCGUAUAAGUUCUGGCAGACUCAACCGGUUAUAAGAUUUGACGACAAGGGUGAGAUAGUGGAUGGGCCGAUCAAGGAGAUUGAUAUUGAGACUGUUUCGAAGACACCAGGCCCGUUGAUUGAUGGGUUUGAAUGGGUCACGCUGAACCUGAACGAUGACAGGGAGACGCAGGAGCUGUAUGAACUACUUACCGAUCACUAUGUGGAGGAUGACAGUGCAAUGUUCCGAUUUAACUAUUCAAAGGACUUUCUAAACUGGGCACUUAAGGCUCCCGGGUGGACAAGCGAGUGGCACGUCGGCGUUCGAGCUUCAAAAUCCAGAAAGCUAGUCGCAGCUAUAUGCGGUAUCCCUAUCGAAAUAUCCGUGCGUGGGAAGAAGAUAAAGUCUGUCGGAAUCGAUUUCCUCUGUGUACACAAGAAACUACGAGCCAAGCGACUGGCACCCGUCUUGAUCAAGGAAAUAACGCGACGAUGCUAUUUGAGGGGAGUCUUCCAAGCAGUUUACACCGUUGGCAUCGUUCUACCAACGCCGAUCAGCUCAUGUCGGUACUACCACCGAGCGCUAGACUGGUUGAAGCUCUAUGAAGUUGGAUUCUCUGGUCUACCAACAGGUUCCACGAAGGCCCGGCAGGUUGCACGAAACCAAUUGCCCUCGGAAACGUCCACGCCUGGCUUACGUCCAAUGCAGGUCAAGGAUAUCAGUGCGGUCUCCAACCUCAUGAAUCGCUACAUGGAGCGCUUUGACCUCUCGCAGACCUUUAGUGAAGAGGAGAUUAAACAUUUAUUCAUCAACGGAGAACGGACGUCGGAGACGGUCGUAUACUCCUUUGUCGUUGAGGAACAAGACACCCACCAAAUCACGGAUUUCGUGUCAUUCUAUUCUCUGGAGUCAUCUGUGAUCCAGAAUGAGAAGCACAGCAACGUCAGGGCUGCAUACCUGUAUUACUACGCCUCGGAAACAGCGUUUGCCGAGAAAGAAAAGGGAUUGAAGGAGCGUCUGCAGCUGCUCAUUAAUGAUGCGUUGAUCAUCGCGAAGAAGGAGAAAUUCGACGUGUUCAACGCUCUCACCCUCCAUGACAACCCGCUGUUCCUCGAGAAGCUUAAAUUCGGUGCCGGAGACGGUCAACUCCAUUACUACCUAUUCAACUACCGAACUGCACCGAUCGCAGGUGGCGUGGAUAGCAACAACGAGCCUGACGAGCGCAAGAGAUACGGUGUCGUGAAUACUGUCACGCGGUUAUCACGGGACCUGGCCUCUUUCCAAGCCGAAUUCCUGGACAAAGCAACAACAAGAAACAAGCGAGGCAACACUCGCGGGAGGCAAGAUAUCGGCCAUACAAAUGCCAGGGAAGGACGCCGGACGCGUGCUGCGGAGAAACCACCUACCGACGUUAAUAGCCAUAACUAUAGAAACGUCGAUUUCGGCACUUCGACUGUUUAUACCACUGUCACCAUGGGUGCCGGUCAUUCAACCGAUUCUCGAGAGCAUGGAGCAUCUCCCGAGGAGAUGAGCCAAGUUUUGGCCCGUCGUUUUGCAUCGAAAUGCUUCACUCCCUUGGAAUUAGCCCAUCUGAAAGAUAACUUCAACUCUCUUGCAUUAAAGCAGGGAGAUAUCCAGUACUGGAACGAAGUAGUCCUAUCCAAAUUUUUGGGUAUACCGGAUGGUGACAGCAGGCUCGGGAACAAGGCCCUCGAUGCUGGCCCGGUAAUCUUUCGAAUGGUCUCCUACUUAGGAGCGUUCCCUUUUCAAAACACUCUAGCCCCAAGCGUGCUUACCUUUGAUGCCAUGGUAAAAGUGAUCGUUCUCCUGACUGAACGGUACGGCAAGGUGUUGCGUAGAGGGAGAAAGGAUAGGAUCAAGCUGCUGUUUGGUAGUAUGGCUGAUGUAGGGAGGAAAGGCGACGUUGCCAACCUGAACAAUCCGCCAACUGACGAGAAACCCGGUAGCUCCCCUAGUGAGUCGAGAAUUCAGUCUUACGAUCCAGGAUUCUCGAUCGAUAAGCCAUCGAAUGAUGACGAAGGAGAACACGAUGACGAUGACUUGGUUCUUGCCGCCCUGGAGUCGUUAGAUGCGAUCGAAGUUUUUAAACAUGAUCAGCGCAUUGAUCGAACUGUCUACGAAGCUCAUAUUUCAGUCGACACAUUCCAACGGCUGUUGAUGCUGCUAGUUGUGUUAUCACCAUUACGAGCUGAUGAGGAAACGUCGAAAUAUUUCUCGCAAACUAGUGAAGAAUCUUUGGAAUCGGCUCGCGACUGCGUGAAGAACAUUAUCGCUUCGUUCAAUAUGGGAGACAGCAAAGAUGGGAUUGACUUUGCGACUUUUUCAAGGGUGAUAUCAACUUCUCUCCCAUACCUAUUCGACCCUCUAACUCCGCUCUUUGAACAUCUCCUUUUCAGCAAAAAUCUCGACUUAUCCCGAAGAAAGGAUUCGGGUAUAUCGUCCCCUACCGAUGAACAAAAGAUGGUGUCGGUGCCACAGCCGGCGCCUUCAGACAUCUCCAUAACACUACCCGGGUCCUUCGAUUCUUGCAUCUUGAACUCCCAAGUGAUCUCUCACCUCUCCUUCUUCCUCCCUACAUCAUUCCCGGCUACCAAUCUUCUACAAAACGGCACUCGUUUACACGGAGUGUUCUCUUCGGAUGCCCACGGCGAAUCACUAACGUCCUUUUCGCAUAACGUCUUAACGUGGGAUGCACCUAGCAUUCUGCUGCUAACAGGUGUUAAGAAGGACAACGCUGGCAACGAGGGCGAGUUAAUUACUGUGGGUGCAUACCUGCCGCAUGCAUGGAAAUCAUCAUCGACAACAUCUCCCUCUCACGCCAUGCAUGACUUCUCUGAUCCGUCACAACUGCCGUACUUAUUCCAACUAAGCCCCGAGCAUGUCGUCAUGCAUGGCUCCCCAUCUAUCAACUCUCUUAAAUCUAACAUGCCCGUGGUAUCGUUUUCAACCAAAUACGGCAUAGCUAUUGGCUGCAAAAUGCCUCCACCAAGUCGAAAAUCGCUAAGCGGCGAUUCAAUCCUCCCUACGCCAGCAGGCGGCGGCAGUAUCUUGAUCGAUCCAGCUCUAGAAAAUGCUGAAUUCGUUAUAUCCAACGGCUUAAGUCAUGGUGAGGGCGUGUUCUUACCUCCUGGAAUCACUUCUUCGUCCCCGUCUCGGUCCUUGUCAUCGUCAGCUUCUGCCGCGGCAAGUGAAACGAUAAAUAUAUCAAUUUAUAAUAUCGAGGUAUGGGGAAUUUUUCACACGAUGCCGGCCUCAGGCCCUUCGACUUCAAGGCACAGCCGUACGUCCACUGCGAACGGGGAGAUACCUGAUGCUAUCGCGCGUCAGCAGGCUCAUUGGAAUUUCGAGGCUCGUGAAGCUGAAAGACGACGAGAGAUUCAUUUGAAUGUUGGCGGCGGUGACUCUGAGGAGCAAACUGGAAGAGCGUUGUUGGAGAUGGCGGGAAUUAUAGGAGAUUCAUCACGAAUGCGAUGA